CACAAAUAUCUCAAAGAAAUUAAGAGAGAAUGGAAGGCAAGAAGAUAGAAAUAAAAUCAAGGGAUUUGAUAAAACCAUCGUCUCCAACCCCUCAUGAUAAGAGAGAGCUUAAACUGUCUCUUAUAGAUCAGCUUGCACCACAAAUAUACACCCCAUUUCUUUUAUUCUACAAAAAUCAGCAUCAUGAAGAACCAUCCAAAAUAACCUUGCAUUUGAAGCAAUCUUUAUCUGAGUCUUUGAAUAAAUUCUACCCUUUGGCCGGAAGGCUCAAUCCAAAUCAUCUAUGCAUUGAUUGUGAUGAUUCUGGAGCUCUUUUUGUGGAAGCUAAAGUUCAUGGUUCCCUCUCAGAAACUGUGAAGAAUGCUCCCUACGAGCAUUUUGGACAAUACUUGCCAAUGGAGCCAUAUACUAAUAACAAUGGUAGUCAUUGUGGAGCACCACUUUUAGCAGUCCAAAUCACUUGGUUUGGAUGUGGAGGCAGUAUCAUUGGGAUAUGCAUCUCCCACAAAAUAGCUGAUUUCAUGUCCUUGCUCACAUUUUUGGUUUCAUGGGCUGCCAUUAAGCGAGAUGACAGUCAAAAAUCGCCAUUGGUUAAGGUACCAAAUUUUGAGAUUGGUGCGCAUCUUUUCAAUCCGCUGGAAUUUCCCAUUAAUUUGCCUUUACCUGCGGAGGAAGGAAAGAUCGUGGUCAAACGAUUCGUGUUCAACAAGGAAAAGAUUACAGAAUUGAAAGAGCUAGCAAAGACCUCAUCAUCAUCAUCCUCAUCACCAUCCGUGAAUAACUUUACUCGGGUAGAAGUAAUUUCUGCUUUUCUGUGGAAGCACUUUAUCAACGUGACACGCGCCAAAAACCAUGGUGCGACAAUCAUGUCCAGAAUCUGGCAACCUGUGAACUUAAGGAACAGGAUGAGCAGUUUGGCAGCCACAUCACCAGAUGAUGAGUUCCCUUUUGGGAACAUGAUAACCUAUGCACUUGCUUCUGCAGUUUCUGAUGAUUCGAAUCACGAAAAGAUGGGUUACGGUGAUCUAGUUCAUCUCGUGAGUGAUGCAAUGAGGAAAAUAAACAAUGAUUAUGUUUACAACAGUGUCAUUCCCUUUCUGAAAGCCUUGGGAACAAAUGGAUUCCCGGGGUUGACACAACAGCAAUCGUCCAAUUUUAGGGUCGCUAAUUGGCAAUUAACCAGUUGGUCCAAGUUUCCAACUUCCGAGUUGGACUUUGGAUGGGGCGAACCGAUUUCAGCCGGUCCGGCUGCUGGUACUCGAACUCGGCCUGCCAUAUUAUUGGGGAGUAAAAGUGGUGAGGAAGAAAUGGAAGCUUGGAUUGGCUUGUUAGAAGAUGAAUUCGCUUUGCUUCCGGACGAGCUUCUUUCACUUGCAGCCACUAAUCUGUAUGACUUGAAUGGUUGAUUAUACAAUGAAUUUUCUUUUGUUUCUCUUUCCUGCCUAAUAAAUGCGUAUCUUUCCGGUAUCUUUGGUGAUGUCUGAACCCGCCAAAGUAGGUGGCUCGAUCAGUGAUCUGGGAACAUCAUAUGAAAAGAUACUGCUCCGUCAGACAAAAACAGUUCAAUUUGUGGAAAAAUUUGUUUUAUUAUUUAAGUCUACAGUAAAUUAGACCAUUGUUUUUAGGUAAGAGUACUAUCUAUAUGACGAGGGAUUUACUAUUUCGAUUGGGUCGAUGUUUCCUGUGUUGAUGUGCUCAUUUAUGAUCAGUAUUGACUAACCUAAAGUAAAUGGCUCAAAUGUUUAGCUGCCUUGC